AUGUCUAUAAAAUCAACGAGUGAUUUGUUUAAACACUUUUUACACUAUAACAACAUCUGCACGCCUCUCCCUUAUUAUCUCUGUCCUCAUUUCCCUCUUUCUCUCUCUUUCUCCGUUCCUCCCCUUCUUUUUCUCUCUCUCUCUUCCUCAUUCUCUCUCUCUCCUUUUAUCUCACUGUCGUUCUUUCUCUGCCAUUCUUUUUCUCUUGUCUUUCACCUUCUUUCUUUCUCUCCUUCUCUCUCUCUAUUUCUCUCUCUCUCACUCACUCCCCUUCUUUCACUACCUCCUUCUCGCUCUUUAGGAUUUGCUUUUCAGCAAUCCGUUAAUUUCUUUCUUUCUUUCUUUCUUUCUUUCUUUCUUUCUUUCUUUCUUUCUUUCUUUCUUUUCUUCUUUCUUUCUUUCUUUCUUUCUUUCUUUCUUUCUUUCUUUCUUUCUUUCUUUGACUUUGUUCCCUCUUUUUGUUUCCCUCUCAUUUUCUUUCUUUCUUUGAUUUUGUCCUCUCUCUUAGCUCUUCAUUCUUUCUUUUUUUCUUUCUUUGUCUUUAUUUCUCUUUGUUCCCUUCUUUCUUUCUUUCUUUCUUUCUUUUGCUUUGAUUUUGUCCUCUCAGCUCUUCUUUCUUUCUUUCUUUCUUUGCCUUUGUUCCAUCUCUUUGUUCCUUUCUUCUCAUUUUCUUUCUUUCUUUCUUUCUUUCUUUCUUUCUUUCUUUCUUUCUUUCCGUGA